AUGAGAGUGUUGCAGAGUAGCCGCUUGCUCCCGGGGGUUUUGCUGCGGCCGUUCUGCGCCCUGCUGCUGCUGCUGAGCGGCACUCCCGCUUCCCGGAGCGACGCUGAGCUGCCCUGCCAGAUCCUCAAGCGCAUCGGGCGCACAGUUCGCCUGGGCGCGGUGCUCCUGCUGCCGCAGCAGCAUCCCGGAGCCCCGCCACUGUCCGGUCCCGUCAGGUCAGGGGCCGCCCGCGAUGCACUGCUCCGGGCCGUGCGGCGCCUCAACGCCCGGACGGCGGAGCUGCUGCCUUACAACUUGUCGGUGGAGCUGGUCAUGGGCAUGGAGACAGGCCUGGGGGAGCUGCCGGCGUUCGGCGUGCCGCCGGCUUCUCGCCGCGACCCGCAGUCCUUCCUGGAAAGUGUGUGCCGCACGGUGGUGGUGCAAGGGGUCAGCGCCCUGCUGGCCUUCCCCCAGAGCACCGGGGAGCUGCUGCAGCUGGAGUUCCUCUCGUCUACCAUCCAGAUCCCAGUGGUCAGCAUCGUGGGCAAGCAGUACCCCAGGCAGUCCAAGAAUCCCUUCCAUCUGCAGAUGAGCCUCGAAACAUCUCAUCCUACCCAUGCAGAUGUACUUAUCUUCCUCCUGACGAUGAAUAGGUGGUAUGAUGUCAGCCUAGUCUUGUGCAAAGAAUGGAAUGUAACCAACUUUCUCAGUCUUUUAUAUAAUAACUCAAAAUUUCACCUCGGAACCAUUUUCAACAUUGCUUCGGACAGCGAUGACAUGAACUUUGUAAAUUAUUUGCAAGAGUACUUGGACACAGUCAAAGAGGCACCAUUGUCCAUUGUCACUUUUGGUUGCGGCAUUGAACAUUUCCGAAAAAUUUUUCAGCUAGCAGCUAACUAUGGAUUAAUGCUGCCGGAACACCACUGGAUUCUAGGUGACUCUCAGAAUGUGGAGGAAUUGAGAACUGAAGGCUUGCCCAUGGGUCUCUUGGCCCAUGGUAAGACAGCAGAGCCGGUUUUCCAGAAUUAUGUGCAGGACGCAGUGGAGCUGAUAGCCAGAGCUGUGGCAACUGCAACUUAUGUGAGGCCAGAACUGGCCCUUAUUCCAAGUACAACAAACUGUAUGCAUUGGGAAGAAAUGAAUAUAACAUCAGGCCAGUUUCUUUCAAGAUUUUUAGCAAACACAAGCUUCGAUGGCGUCUCAGGUUAUAUUAAAGUAACAGACCCAUCUGUUAUCACUUCAGACAGCCAUUACUACAUCUGGAGCCUACAGCUUGACCCUGUUGGGAAGCCUAUGUGGACACGUCUUGGGAGAUGGCACGAGGGGAAAAUUGUCAUGGACCAUGGGAUUUGGCCCAACAAGGUGCAGAAGCCAAACAGUGGUGGCAGCCACUCGACUCGGCUGCAUUUAAGAGUAGUUACCCUUAUUGAACAUCCCUUUGUAUUCACACGCAACGUAGAUGCAGAUGGUCAUUGCCCUGCUGGUCAGUUGUGCUUGGAUGCUCUUACAAAUGAUACUACCAUCAUCGAAAGCCUCUUUGAGAACCUAAAGUCAGGGAAUGAUUCUGUGCCAAUGGAAUACAAGAAGUGCUGCUAUGGCUAUUGUAUCGAUCUCCUCGAGAAGCUAGCAGAUGACAUGAGUUUUGAUUUUGACCUGUACAUUGUUGGCGAUGGGAAGUACGGUGGCUGGAAAAAUGGUCGCUGGACAGGGCUGGUCGGUGAUUUGCUCAGUCGUGCAGCGCACUUAGCCGUCACAUCUUUCAGCAUCAACUCAGCAAGAAGCAAAGUGAUUGAUUUCACCAGCCCUUUCUUCUCCACCAGCCUGGGCAUCCUGGUGCGGACUAGAGACACGACAGCCCCCAUCGGAGCUUUCAUGUGGCCACUGCAUUGGUCAAUGUGGGUGGGAAUCUUUGUGGCUCUACAUGUAACAGCAUUAUUUCUCACUCUGUAUGAAUGGAAGAGUCCUUUUGGAAUGACUCCCAAGGGGAGAAACAGGAAGAAGGUCUUCUCCUUCUCUUCUGCCCUCAAUGUCUGCUAUGCCAUUUUGUUUGGUCGGACAGCUGCCAUAAAAACCCCCAAGUGUUGGACAGGACGGUUCCUAAUGAACCUGUGGGCUAUAUUCUGUUUAUUCUGCCUAUCCACAUACACCGCUAAUCUAGCUGCGGUAAUGGUAGGGGAGAAAACCUAUGAGGAGCUUUCAGGAAUUCAUGAUCCUAAGCUCCACCACCCAUCCCAAGGUUUCCGUUUUGCAACUGUACGGGAAAGCAGCGCUGAGGAUUAUGUGAAGAAAAGUUUCCCAGAGAUGAAUGAAUAUAUGAGAAGGUAUGAUGUGCCAACAACACCAGAUGGUGUGAAAUACUUGAAGAAUGAUCCUCAAAGACUCGAUGCCUUUAUAAUGGACAAAGCACUGUUAGAUUACGAGGUCUCGAUUGAUGCUGAUUGCAAGUUGUUAACCGUUGGAAAACCUUUUGCAAUUGAAGGCUAUGGAAUUGGCCUUCUACAGAACUCCCCACUGACGUCCAACAUUUCAGAAUUAAUUAGCCAAUACAAGUCAGAUGGCUUUAUGGAUAUGCUACAUGACAAAUGGUAUAAAGUUGUACCGUGUGGGAAAAGGAGCUUUGCUGUGACUGAGACUUUGCAAAUGGGUAUCAAGCAUUUUUCAGGACUCUUUGUGCUGCUGUGUAUUGGUGUCGCUGGUUCCCUCCUUGCAACAGCUGGUGAGCAUAUCAUCUACAGACUGGUACUUCCCCGGAUCAAAAGGAAACCAAGACUGAAGUAUUGGCUCCACACAAGCCAGCGAUUUCAUAGAGCUUUAAAUACAUCCUUCAAUGAUGAACAAUUUCAGCAGAAACUAAACAGACUGCAAAAGAGGUGCAAUGUUGAAAAUAACCAGCAAAUGGUGUGGAAUACAGCCAGUCAUGCACAUUGGAACAAGCGGAAAUGCAUCUUCAAAGAUAUUCAACAGCCUGCAGUUAAUUUGAAACCUUGCCAAGUUGAGGACCUACCCCCAGUAGUGAAAGAGCUCCCUCUAACCGUUAAUUCCAAUGGCAAACCUGAACCACUUUUGAAAGCCAGGCAUUCAGUCAUUCAUGAACUGACAGAACUGGAGAAACAGAUUCAGCUCAUCAAACAGGAACUGCAGAAAGCGAUGAACAGGAAAAAUGAACUGGAAGAAUAUCAAAGAACAGUCAGGAAUCCAGAAUCUUAGAACUCAAGCUGGCUGAAAAAUGACUCAAAAUUAGUUGUUGUGCCCUCGAGCACUUAGAGUUUUGAAAACUCUAUCUUGGACCUUAAAAAGGAAACAGAAUAUAAAGCCAACUGUCCCAGUCUUCUUCUGCACCCCUCACCACUCCCCAAACUCCAAAACAAACAAAAAAAAACACUUACUACACUAUCCAAGCAGAGGAAACUA